GUUAUUCUCGAGAGCGCAAUGUAUCGGGAUGCAGGCAAUCUGUACAUCACCUCGGAAUACCAUUUCUGAAAAGAACCUAGAGAGUUUGUGGGACUCGCUCUCUAAGUGAAAAAUUCCCUGGUGAGCCAGCUCCGACCAAUCUUCCAAGAGAUAAGAUCACUGCCUACUCGUGACUUCUAUGGAGGUGUUGAAGGAGUACUUUAGCAGGGCUAUGGUUCUGCGAUCUAAAGAGUACGCUGCUUCCUGUGAUGAACAAUGGUGGCAUCGGGAGUUUUUGCUCCGGCACCUUCCCUCCUUGCUUGCCUGCCAUCCACUCUCGUUCCCCCAUGGGACUCUAGCCCUGGGGCGCAUUCUGGCUAGGGAAAUUCACAAUCCUCUUUCAUGGACUGAAGAAUAUAAGGUUGUCGCUAUUGGGAAACAGCGGGAUGGUGCCCUACAUACUAGGAAUAUGCCUGUGCCUAUCACAAUUUCCAGUGGUAUGAGGACUGGUCAGAGUAUUUUGAGAAGCUCCUCGACCCUUGGCCAGUGGAAGCUGCUGUGCUAGCGUCUAUGGGUUCCUUGGUUGAGGGGAAAGCGAUUCAAAUGGAGAGCAAAAAGAUUGAAACUAGAUUCCCGUCUCACUUGUCUCAUGUAA